AUGAGAAAAAUUCGGAGCCGGCAAACAGUUCUCGGCUCCGACUCCGGCUCCGAUUACAAAAAUUCACGCCCGGCUCCGGCUCCAAUCGAAGUAUUUGACGCCCGGCUCCGGCUCCAACUCCGGCUCCAGGUCCAAUGUUUCCCGUCCGGCUCCGGCUCCGUUUAUAAGAGAAGCCGGCUCCUACGAGCUGGGCUGGAGUCGGUCGGCUCCGUAGCCGGAGCUGCCCAUCUCUACACAUAG